CUAGCGUGUGAAAGUGCCCCGACGUGAAUAGACCAGCAAAGUUCUGUCUUUCACCUUCACCGCGCUCCUUCCAUUCCUGCUUCCGGUCAUCUGGAGCAGUCACCCUAAUCACCCUAACAAUUUAUUUAAACCCACUCCACCCCCCCACUACUAAUUUUCUUUUUUCGCCAACUCCAUCAUGUCUGACACCACCCCUAAGAUGAGGGGCGACAACAACACCCGCGCUGACAUGCUCAAGCGCAUGGGCAGCCAGACCACCCUAGGCCAGCGUGUACAGCUCUCUGGGGCUCUGCAGCGCGAAAUUUUGGAUGACGAGAUCGUCGACUUGGCGACAAUUCUCAAAGACGCUCCCCCAAUGCCGGACCUUCCGGCCAGCUUCACUUCACAAACCUCACCAGAGGUCUCUCAGGCCCCCAAGACGCCGGAAAACUUGCCUUCUGCACCGGUCAACAAUGGCAAGAAUAAGAAGAAGCGCAAGUCUAAGAGCAAGAGCAAGCUGAAGGGCAGUGACCCUUCCUCUACAGAGACUGAAGAGAUCAAAGAAGGACUUCAGUCAUGGAAGUUCAUGAACAAGAAGGCGCGGGACCCGCCGGUCACCAAGGACGAGAAGAGCUCGCCGACCGGUACGGAAUCAUUUGAGAUGCUGUCUGCCCCCACAUCAGAAAUCAGUGAUUAUUUUGACACAGGACUGCAACAAAAAGAAGAGAAAGAGAAGAGCGAGUCUGAAGACAGCGCAUUGGAAGCUAUUAGACUAAAGCUUAGGCAACAGCUUGCUAACACCGGAGGGUUCUGCUACAACUCCAAGUAUGAGUUUGCUCAUCUUCGGACGGCGCCUCCUCCGGAGAAGCCUGCCCCGCCAGCUCCUCCAGCUCCCACCAACACCGAAGUCGAGACAGAACCUGAAGGCAUGAAGACGCCUACCAACAAGGGCAAGGAAGCUCCUGCAGCCCAAGGGUCGUCUCCGAUUGGUCUGGGUCUGGACAUGAGUGCCCCGAGCACUGCUAAGGAUACUCCUUCGAUGGGUCUUUCAGGACUUUCCCUCAGCUUUGAUGACACGUCGUCGCCUCCGGAUGGCCCUGCGGACGAACAAUCGAGCCCGACCCGCUUCCUUCAGCCGACGAAGCCUAUCGAAGUCAGCCCUAUGACCCUAUUUCCUCCCUAUCGCUUCAGUCAAGAGUCGACAACCCCCAAGCAACUUCUGGCUGAUCCCAUCCAUCCUUAUGCCGAUCUCUGGGCCAAGUUUUCAAAGCCGACCGAGUUUAGGCUGUCUGAAGACCCUGAGAAUCAUGCUGCUUACAUGAAGAUUCGCAAUGAGCUCAUUGAAUGCUGGAUGGUUGCCACCGGCCAAAAGAACGCACCACCCGAAGUCCUUCGUGUCCUCUCUGGCAUGCUGCUCGAAGAGGAGAAGCUCAGAAUGCAGAAGAAGGCUUCCAUGCCUCCUUCAGAGCCGGUUAGCGCCAUCAACUCUCCGACCAAUGCUGGCCCUUCCUUCACUGGCGCCUCGACCAAUUCUCGUGGUCGCAAUAUAAGCAGAAAGCUCAACAGGACGUUCAACGAGUUGCAACGCACUCCCGGUAGCGGUGUUCAGUCCACUAUCAAUACUCCGCCGUCAAAGUCAGCUUCGUUCCCUGUCGAGACCUCCGUCGUGCAUGGUGGUCCGUCUCCACGCAUCAACACUACCCGCAAGGUCAGCAAUGCUGCUGAGCGUCCCAGACUUGCGAUGACUCCUCAAACGCCCAUGAGCGGUAGCUUCUACAUACCUUCACCGCCCACGACUUUCUCCGAUAGCACCAAGGCCAGCAAGAGCGCACCUCUUUCUCAGCUGCCUUUUGAGAAGGGUAAGACUCUCAAGACCAAGCGCAGCUUCUCUUUUGCUAGCAUCAACAAGAACAAGGACAAGAGUACGCCUACGCUCUCUGCUACUAGCAUGUUCUUCAAGAAGAGCAAGUCUUCGAGGAGCGGGUCCAUCACCUCCGAGGAGAGUCUCCUCAACAAGCACAUUGACGACCUGCUGUACGCAGUGAACGCUUGGUACACCACCGGUGGUCAGAAGUCGCAGGAGAACCCCAUCACACUACUUGCUCAGAUGGCUCUCAAGGUCGCCCAAUCAGUCCUGGACCAGGCCAACACUCGUUUCUCGUCGUAUCUCUACCCCGGCGGCACCGACGAUGAGGACGGCGAAGAGCGGAUGUCGGUAGUCCAAGAGAACAUGACGCGCCAGAUCGAGUCUCUUCUUAUCCGCUGCAGCAUGGACGAGACUCGUGUGCGCACUUAUCAGCCUUCUCCUCCCAAGCCCGUGUUCAGCCAUGACUACCUCCAGGCGGGCUACGAGUGCACGUGGGCUGUCCGCUUCUGCGAAUGGACCGAAGAGCAGGAAGAGCUUCGUCGCUUCAUCGAUCAGGAAGAAAACAAGAUUCUCUACGGCACGAGCGGCACGAGCGGCACUACCGAGAGUUUCCGCAAGCCUGAUAGGACCAAGGAGCUGAUGGAGAAGCUCAGCUGGGUUACGUACUCUUCGCAGCCCGAUUAUGCGGUCAAUAUCUCUGUUGAAGAGGCUGAGCAACGUCUCCAGCAUAUGCGUGCUGAGAAUCAUGAGCAGGACGAUGUUUGGAUGAAGUGUGAAGAGCAACUGUGCAAGCUCACGGGCCUGAUCAGCUCGAUUUGAAGUGGACUUGUUGAAUUCCACGCAGCAAUCAAGGUUUGUGAUUUGAAGAUUGAAAGGUUGGAAGAUUUGCGAUUCUAAUCGCUUUCAUGUGGAGCCUUCAUUGGCUCGUCAGGCGUAACGAACGGUAUGGUUUGGUUUGGAAACUUGAUGAUUGAGAUGACUACCCUUUUGUUUUGCUCACGAUCCGAGACCUCGCUAUCUUUUGGUGGAUCAAUCAUUCUUGCCCUUUUCUUUUACUUUUAUGAUGACGACUUGGAAU